AUGGCAGACUCUGAGCCCAGCCUCAUUGCCCUCGCGCUCGGAAACGCUGCCUAUGCCUUUUCGAAAGUGCAGCCGUUACUACCUGUGUACUUACACAUGAUCCUUGCGAGCCUCUUCCCCAUCUACGCCGCCGCCCACGCCUCUCUCACACGCCCAUCGACCGCCGCGAAAGCCACAAAGAAGCGAGGACACGGAAGAAAGCGCGAGGCUGAAGAUGACGACACGGACAGCGAGGAUGACGAAGAAGAACCCGAAAACGAAAUGGAGGGUCUCUCCCCCAGACACAUUAUCCUCUUUCCUCUUUUCGCCGGCAUUUCUCUGGCGACGCUGUACUUCCUCCUCAAAUGGCUCAAGGACCCCACCAUCCUGAGUAAAGCCCUCAACGCCUACUUCGCCAUCUUCGGUGUCGUUGCGGUGACAACGCUGGUAUCAGACGUUUUGGAUAUCGGCCACUCAAUUAUUUUCCCCCGUCGACACGCCCUCGGAGGCGCGCUCUACCACGUCGAUGCUACGGAAGCAAAAGCCAUACCAGUCGCAGGCAACAUCGGUUCCAGCCAGCCCCUCACAACCCCCCUCCCAGGCUUCCUCGCACGCAUACCCCUCUCCACCAGCGCAAAAGAAUGGCUAUGGGCUGACCGCGCCAUGCCGAGUAACAAAUGGACGCUGAAACUGCACAUGCACCGCGCCCUUGUUGGCAAGCUCAAAAUUGGACCUCACACUAUGGUUGGUGUUGUAACGGCACUCUCCACACUCGUCUACUUCAACCUGAUAGACAAAACCUGGUAUCUGACGAAUCUGCUUGGGUUUAGCUUCGCGUAUGGGUCUAUCCAGGUUAUUUCCCCCACGACAUUUGCGACGGGUAGUGCGAUAUUGGUGGGGCUUUUCUUUUAUGAUAUCUACAUGGUCUUCUUUACACCGAUGAUGGUGACUGUAGCGUCCUCCCUCGACGUCCCCAUCAAACUCAUGUUUCCCAAACCUGGCUCCGCGGGCAAAAGCUCCGCUGCUAUGCUCGGCCUGGGCGAUAUCGUUAUACCAGGCUUGAUGAUUGGUCUGGCGCUGCGCUUCGAUCUCUACCUGUUCUAUCUCCGCCGCCAGAAACGCGUCCCAGCAACGACUGAGGGGGGAGAAGACGAGGUUGUAAAAGCGGAAUGGUAUCCUGUUGCUGGCCGGUGGAGUGAUCGUUUUUGGACACAUUCGUUUAUAGGAAGGCCGUUGUGGAGUGCCUCUGUCCCUAGUACGAAGACUGCACAAGGCGGAACAAAGAAGGAAGAGCCGCCGUUCACGUUCCCAAAGACGUACUUCAACGCCGCGCUAGUGGGCUAUGUGGGCGGUUUGAUCGCUACGUUGUGCGCGCUCCAUCUUAUGAAUCAUGCGCAGCCUGCCCUUCUCUGGCUGGUGCCCGGUGUACUAAUCAGCCUCUGGUCGACGGCGCUCGUGAGGGGCGAGGUGGGGCUGAUGUGGAAUUACAGUGAGGAGAUUGUUGAGCAAGAAGACAAGGAUGGGAACAAGGACAAGGGUGAGAAAGGUGAAAAGAACGAGAAGAGGAGGACACAACAAUGGAUCAAAGACGAAGACAAGCCGGUGAUCAGCGACAAGUUGCGUAGGCCAGAGCGAGAGGUCUUCUCCUUUUCUAUUGAGGCGCCGCGGAAAUCUAACCGGACGGUAUCGACGAAGAUUGAUGAUGUUGGUGUAUUGGGGAAUGGGACAGUUAGUCCUGCCGAUGGUGGUACUGUACAGUCUGUUGGGAAUGGAACGUUCUGGGCGGGUUCCUCGUCGAGUAGUGCUCGUCAAGAGGUCGACGUUGAGCCUGCUGGGAAACGUCUUAGGAUGAGAUAG